GAGGAGCGGACAGGAGGAGGAGGAGUGGAGCUGUAGAAGUGAUGGUGAGGCUCUGGCCCCAGCGGACUGUGCUGGAGUAAAUAAAGGCGGAGCAGCAGGAGCUAAACGGGCCGUGGAGUCACUGACUGACUGACUGUGAGGGAGAAGCGGGAGAUCCGGACUGAGAGUGCGAGAGUGUAUGAGUGUGUGUGAUGCUGUGAGUGAGGAUGCCGGUGAGGAGGGGGCACGUGGCGCCCCAGAACACCUUCCUGGACACCAUCAUCAGGAAAUUCGAGAGCCAGAGUCGAAAGUUCAUCAUAGCGAAUGCGCGGGUGGAGAACUGCGCCAUUAUCUUCUGUAAUGAUGGCUUCUGUCACAUGUGUGGCUACACGCGGGCCGAGAUCAUGCAGAAACCAUGCACCUGCAACUUCCUGUACGGGCCGCACACCAAGCGCCUGGCCAUCGCACAGAUGGCUCAGGCCCUGCUGGGCUCUGAGGAGAGGAAAGUGGAGAUCACACUCUACAGGAAGGACGGUGCAUGUUUCCUGUGCCUGGUGGACGUAGUACCAGUCAAGAACGAGGAUGGCGUGGUGAUCAUGUUCAUCUUGAACUUUGAAGUCAUGACUGACGACAAAUUGCACGACCCCAACCAGGAGCUCAACCACCGACUGCCUCUCCCCUGGCGCUCCACAUAUCGAGUGCGGCGUAUCCGUCUGCGUCUGCCUCUCCUACAAUCCCACAGUAAAAGCAGGUCGUCUCUGAAGGACGACGCUGAGGCAGGCCGCGGGGGGGUGGGCGUUGCUGGCUCAGCGUGCUCCAGGCCGGCCAGCAGUCACGAGUCUUUGGCCCUGGCUGAGCUCCUGUCCCUCCCUGAGCACGAGCAGGUCCAUCCAGCCACUACAGCCACCCCAUCCUCCUCACUGUGGCCUGAGGACCACCGCACUCUGCUGAGCAGUGAGCCUGCACCACCCCCAUCAACCCCUCCACACCCCUCUACGCUACCGCUGGGCCAGUCUUCGCCCCGACCGCAGAGGCUCAACCCAGACGCUUCGGCCUCCAACUGUAGUCUGACACACAGCCGCUCGCGGGAGAGCUUCCACAGCAUGCGCCGGGCAUCAUCUGUGGACGACAUUGAGGCCAUGAGGCCUGAGUGGGACCGCAAACACCGCAGCAGACCCUCCAGCAGCAGCACCGGUGCAGUGAACAACAAGUCCAGCAUCCUGAACUCUACCUCUGACUCUGACCUCAUGCGCUACCGCACCAUCAGCAAGAUCCCCCAGAUCACCCUCAAUUUUGUGGACUUUAAACCAGACCCCCUCAUCGCUCUGCCUCCUGGAGAGAUGGAUAUCAUUGCCCCCUGCAAGCUCAUCGACCGCACACAUAAUGUCACAGAGAAAGUCACGCAGGUGUUGUCGUUAGGCGCUGAUGUCCUCCCUGAAUAUAAGCUCCAGGCCCCCCGCAUCCACAAAUGGACUGUGCUGCACUAUAGCCCUUUCAAAGCUGUGUGGGACUGGUUGAUCCUUCUGCUGGUCAUCUACACGGCCAUCCUCACGCCCUACUCGGCCGCCUUCCUACUGAACGACGAGGAAGAGAUCUCAGUGUCAAGCUGUGGUUACUGCAGCCCGCUCAGUGUGGUUGACCUCAUCGUGGACAUCAUGUUCAUCAUCGACAUCCUCAUCAACUUCCGCACCACCUACGUCAAUGCCAACGACGAGGUGGUGAGCCACCCGCUGCGCAUUGCUGUGCACUACUUCAAAGGCUGGUUCCUCAUUGACAUGGUGGCUGCCAUCCCCUUUGACUUACUCAUCUACCGCAAUGGCGAGGAGACAACCACUCUGAUCGGCCUCCUCAAGACGGCACGCCUCCUGCGCCUGGUGCGGGUGGCGAGGAAGCUGGAUCGCUAUUCGGAAUAUGGAGCUGCUGUGCUCUUCCUCCUCAUGUGCACCUUCGCCCUCAUCGCCCAUUGGCUGGCCUGCAUUUGGUAUGCCAUUGGCAACGUAGAACGCAGUGGUGACAUUGGUUGGCUCCACGCGCUGGGGGAUCAGCUUGGGAAACCAUACAAUGACUCAGCCCCUGGCUCAGGGCCCACCAUCAAGGACAAGUAUGUGACAGCCCUCUAUUUCACCUUCAGCAGCUUGACCAGUGUGGGAUUCGGCAAUGUAUCCCCCAACACCAACUCGGAGAAGAUUUUCUCCAUCUGCGUCAUGCUUAUUGGAUCCCUCAUGUAUGCUAGCAUCUUUGGGAAUGUGUCAGCAAUUAUCCAGAGGCUGUACUCAGGUACGGCUCGCUACCACACGCAGAUGCUCCGCGUGAGAGAGUUCAUUCGCUUCCAUCAAAUCCCCAACCCGCUCAGACAGAGACUGGAGGAGUACUUCCAGCACGCAUGGUCCUACACCAACGGCAUCGACAUGAACGCUGUGCUGAAAGGUUUCCCUGAGUGUCUGCAGGCAGAUAUCUGUCUGCACCUGAAUCGCACACUCCUCCAGAACUGCAAAGCUUUUAAAGGCUGCACCAAAGGCUGCCUGCGUGCCCUGGCCAUGAAAUUCAAGACCACCCACGCUCCACCAGGCGACACUCUGGUCCAUGCAGGUGACGUGCUCACGGCCCUUUACUUCAUCUCCCGUGGAUCCAUUGAGAUACUGCGAGGGGACGUGGUGGUGGCCAUCUUAGGAAAGAAUGAUAUAUUUGGUGAGCCCAUCAAUCUGUACGCCAGGCCGGGGAAGUCCAAUGCUGACGUAAGGGCACUGACCUACUGCGACCUGCACAAGAUCCACAGAGAGGACUUGCUGGAGGUGCUGGACAUGUAUCCAGAGUUCUCUGACCACUUCUGGAGCAACCUAGAGAUCACCUUCAACCUCAGAGAUACUAACAUGAUUCCUGGGUCUCCAAGCAGUGAUGACUCUGACUGUAUUGGCUUCAACAAACUCCGCAAGAGAAAGCUGUCCUUCAGGCGGCGAACCGAAAAAGAUGAUGCAGAUGCUGGCGAGAUUAAGAAAAACCAGAAACCUUUGCGGCGUAACAGGAAACAGGCUACGAGUAAUCAGAAUGAGGGACUUAAACCGGAUUGGGAGGGGCCUCGGAGUUCUAUCUCCUCCCACUCUAGUGGUGAUGAAGGGGAGGAGCCUUUUCAUACAAGCCCAGGCCCACCCACUGCACUACUGGAGCUUUCUCAAGCCCAGGCCACAUCUGUGAACUUUAAUGACAACCCUGAGGGGGAGGGGGAUCCUAAAACAGGCAACACUUGCAACGCCCUAUCAGGUGCUCUCUCAGGAGUGUCUAACAUCUUUAGUUUUUGGGGUGAGAGUCGGGGGCGGCAGUACCAGGAGCUGCCCCGCUGCAACCUUCCAUCACCGCCACCACAGCUCAACACACCCUUACAUAGCAUCUCCAAGCAGCAGCGGAGCCAGCUGGAGAACAGACUGGACAUGCUGCAGAAACAACUCAACAGACUGGAGACGCGUAUGUCCACAGACAUUGGUGCAAUAAUGCAGUUGCUGCAGAGGCAGAUGUCGCUGGUACCUCCAGCCUACAGCACGGUGUCCUCACCCCCACAGGUCUCGCCGUACCCUGGCCCCAGCCCCGGACCUGGGGAGAGACUCAUCCAGCCUGUCACACCGCUAGAGUCUGAAACUCUCACCUCACUCUCACAGAUUCUGGACCCGCAGAACUUUGAGGAAUUCCCAGCUAAGUCUAGUGAGUCUCUCCAAUGCCUGACAGAGCUCCUUCCAUCAGAGACCCCCUUCCUCAGCCCAGGGGAUGUCCCGCUGCAGGGCCUUAGCCUGCGGCCCCAUCCCCAGCCUCCAGACUCCGACACCCAGCGGAGAUUUUCCCUGCAGGAGCAGCAGAGCCCUCUGGACUCACGGACUCCGCAGAGACACAGCUCUGACCCCGGGAGCUAGGGAGCGAGGGAGGGAGGAAG